AUACAGUCCAGUUAAUAACGCAGGGAAGGUUGUAAAACUGAGAAAUUUAAUCAAAAUUAACUAAAAAAGAUGAGUUUGAUCGAUAGAUUUAAAACUAAGUUGGUUGACUACAAAGAGACAUUUAUGGAUUACAGGAUUGAAAGUAUUAUUUUACUUUUAAACUUCAUACCAUCAAUGGCGGGAUUUUCCAUAUUAAAUAAAAAAAAUUCCGUAAUAUUUUGGAUAGUACAUUUCUUUCUGGUACUCUACGUGUACGUACUUGGUAGUAUUAUGUAUCAAGUAAAUGUGGCAGACGGCCCGAUUGACCUUAUAAAAAGUUACGUAAAUCUAACACUAGUGAUUUUGAUCAUAAAUAACAGCUAUUGGUUUAUAGUCAAAAGAGCCACUCUGACGAAAUUGAUGGAAAAUGUAAUAGAAAAUGACACUCAAUCACAUCAGCUGGAUUUUUUGAAGCCAAAACACACGAAGCUGCUGCGAACAAUAAAAAUUAUUGUCUAUAUUUUCUAUGCCUUCAACAUUCUUGAUGUCAUUUUCGUCUAUAUACCGCGUCGUAUUGACGUCACCAACGAAUAUUAUUCGAAUGUCGCGUGUGUUGGCAUGAAACCGUUGACUCACUUUCCUAAGAAGCAAUUAUGUCAACUCGUUUUAUUUGCAACAGAAAUAUCUAUAUGUACGGUAGUCCUAAAUUACCAGGCUCUGAUAUUUUUUUUAAUAUCUCAUACAGCGGCCAUGUACCGAUUAUUGUGUGAAGAAAUUUUCGCUCUCGAUGAUGAUAACAUGGACACAGCCACUGUUAAAAAACGUCUUGUAGUUUUAAUCGGUCGUCACACACUCACUUUAACUAUAACUAAAACUAUAAAGGAUCUGUACAGUAUGCCUAUAGGAAUUAAUUUUGGCAGCAAUGCCAUAUGCAUUAUACUGUCGUUUGCCUUACCUUGGGAAGAAUGGGUAAAUUUAUCACCAGUGUACAUAUAUUGUUUCCUUGUAUUUUUUCUCUACUGUCAUUUGUGUCAAAUGUUGAUCAACGCGUCGGAGCAAUUUGAGUAUGCAGUUUACAGCUGUGGUUGGGAGAAGUUCGAUCUGAAAGAGCAGAAGACAGCGUAUGUUAUGCUGUUACAAGCUCAGAAGCCUGUGACUCUUUUGGCGGCGGAUAUUGUACCAGUUAAUAUUUACACUUUCGCAACGACUAUGCAAGCUAUGUUCAAAUUUAUAACCGUUUUUAAAUUUUAGUCAACUAAAAAAUAAAAACUCGCAACGAGCAUGUCCUAUUACUUGUGAAACAGCUUGUUUAAAUGCAACCAGCUUCAUACGAUUCCUUUUUUUCAAGAUUAGGCACAAUAAAUAAUAAAACUUUUAUUAUCUG